UCGAGGUACUCGAGUCAACCGCGAAGUGCAGUGCGGUGGUGUGUGCAAAGCAGAAGCAAAGCUUGACUGAAACAUUUAUUUGAAUCUCUUGUUCAAAUGGAGGUUGAUGAAGGGAUCGGAAAUACACCUACUAACCCACUCGAGAUAGAAGAAGAAAGACACUUUCGGAGGAUUGUAUGUGCUUUCAAAUAUUACAAAAAAAACUCACUUGCAAGAAUUAAUAAAACUGAGGCUUACUUAGCAUCAUUACCUGAACAUCACCAAGAUAUGCUGCUCAAAUAUAAGCAGCAUCUAGGUGUUAUCAAACAGUGCAUAGAGAAGAAUGAAAAGAUAAUUAAUCAUAUUAUCAAGGAUGUGGACUCUAUGUUUGCGAAUGUUCACCCAGACAAUGCCGACAACCACUACAGUAAUAUUAACCACUUAUCAAUGAGUAGUGAAUUUGAAAGGGUUGAGACGACUCUGAAACAACUUGUGCGAGACUGGAGUGCAGAGGGGGCAAAAGAAAGGUUGAUGUGCUACCAGCCAAUUAUUGAUGAAGUACUGAAAAACUUCCCACCUAAUCAGUGUGACCCUGGAAAUAUAAAGGUAUUGGUUCCUGGAGCUGGUCUUGGUCGCCUAGCUUUUGAAAUAGCUCGCAAUGGUUACCAAUGUCAAGGCAAUGAAUUCUCGCUAUUCAUGCUGUUUGCAUCAAACUUCGUCCUGAAUGGAAUCCGAAGCACUAAUGCCUAUGAGGUUUUCCCUUGGAUACAUCAAUCCAACAAUGUUCUCAAAGCAGAAAGUCAAAUAAGAGGAGUGCUCUUUCCAGAUGUCAACCCCUCAGAUCUUCCUCCAACCUCACAAUUUUCUAUGGCAGCGGGAGAUUUUCAGGAGGUGUAUGUGGAUUCAGAUCAUUGGGAUUGUGUCGCAACUUGUUUCUUCAUUGAUUGUGGACACAACAUUGUUUCAUUCAUUGAAACAAUCUACAAUAUAUUGAAACCAGGUGGGGUGUGGGUAAAUCUUGGUCCUUUAUUGUACCAUUUUGCUAAUAUUCCCAAUGAGAAUUCUAUUGAACCCUCCUAUGAGGUAGUCCGUGAGGUCAUUCAGAAAAUUGGAUUUUUAUUAGAGAAAGAGGACACCAAUGUCUCUACAACCUAUUCUUCCAACCAAGAGUCAAUGUUGCAAUACGAAUAUAAAAGUGUUUUCUUUGUGUGCCGUAAACCUGCUCUUCGGCAGAAUGGCCUAAAUCAUUUUGAGCAAAGUUCGUUAGAGCCAGAUGAUAUAAUAGCUCCUGACACAGUCUCUUGAAUAUUAAGAGGAAUAUGUUGAGACCUCGAGGCUAUAUUACAACUUUUUACAAUGCAUAAGCCAUGACCAAAUGAACAGGGCUGAGUCCAUCUGUAUUAUUGUUAAGCUUGGCAGUUCUGAAUUUCUCUGCAUUUUUAUAAUUGACUUGUGUUGUACUUCAUUAUAUGAAUUGUGAUAUUGGAAUUAAUCAACAAAUGUAGGAUUUCCUUUUCUUAUGUUUUCUUUAAACAUAUUCUGUAUUUAUUUGCUUUCGUGGCUGUGUGAACUUAAGAACCGUUAAAAAAAAUAUAUUGAAAGAUUUUUCUUGAAAUUGACAAUUUUGAUACACCAAAAUUUGCUCAAUGUCUCUUUGGGUGGUGCAGUAUAUAAGUGGAACAAUGAUUCUUGAAGUUGUAUAUUGUUUUUUUGAACUGACCAAGCCUUAUGUUUCUUCACAUGAAAUCACCGUCUUUGCCUAUGCUACAUGAAUCUGUUAUCAGACCAUGUUCCGUAUUAUGAUUUCAUGAGAGUUGAAAUCAAGCUUGUGGUAUGUCUGAAUUAUGUUGUUGGACCCUAAUGGGUGUGCGUCUUUCUUUUUUCCACUGUCUGAUUUAAUUUCAAAAAAUUUAACUGUAAAUGAUUUUUUGUCUCAAACUAUUUUUGUUGCAUUAAAUGCUGGAAACAAUCUAUCAAUUGAUUUGAUUCUAUUAUAUAAUGGCAGCCUGAGUAUGUGAAUGCCAUAUUCAUUUUCAUUCUGAUAAGGAGUUUUCCAAAUUAUUUUUUUGCUACUAUGUCGCCCUUUGUCAGUGGAGCAAGGUAGUUGUGUGCUAUUGUUUCCUUGAUGUGAUUCAAUUUAAUCAUAUUUGUAUGAAAAUCGCCAUUAAAAUAGUUUUGCUCGUGUAGUA